AUGAGUAGUGACCAGAAGGAAACUGAAAACUGCCAUAAAUUCAAGGAAAUUAGAAGCUUUUUUGAAAAAGAAAUCCUAGAACACUCUAAUCUCAAAUCGAGAAGUGACCAACAACUUCCUUCAGCUGAAGAGAUUACAUCUGUGAUUUGUGAAAGUAACUUUGAUCAAUCUAGUGACUGCCAUGAACAGAAUAAUGAUAAAUCUGAUAAAAAUACGAAAAAUGACAAAAUUUUGCAAAAACACGAAAAUGUCAAUCCUACAAGUAGAUUGUCAAAUCGAAGGAAACAAUUCAAUAUGCCGUUGAUGUAUCGAAUGAAUCAGAGCCAGAGUGAUGAUGUGCAUGGUACAGUUACUGGUCCAGCAGAUGAAGAUUUUCGUCCUGAACAAGCCAGUGAAAAGCUCAAACAAGCCUUAAAUGGCCUAGGUACCAGCGAUAAGGUAAUAAUUGAUAUUGCUGUAAAUUAUAAUAAUUUUCAACGUCAACGAAUUUUAAAAACAUAUGAAGAUCGUUAUUGUAGCAAGCUUAUGAAUGAUUUUAAAUCUAACCUUGGUGGAUUUUUUUUCGAUGCGAUUUCAGCUUUAUUUGCGCCUGCUCAUUUCUAUUCAGCCAAUAUACUUUCUCAAAUUAUUCAACAAAUGGUAGCAAUCAGAAAUGCAUAUGAAUCCUCAUUUAAUAGCACACUUGAACGAGAUGUAAAAAUGAAGAUAGAAGGAGCAUUUGGCAAUAUGCUCCAUAUGUUACUCUUUUGUCCACGAGAUGAUGAAUUUCACGGAAAUAUAGAUGUGAAGCUGGUGGAAGAAGACGUAAACCUCGUAAAAAAUGUAAAGCAAUCAAAAAAUUUGCUUUUUCCAGUUUUUUAUGAGUAA